AACAAUAAUGAGUUGAAAGAUCUUGUUUCAAAGCAUAGAAGGCUUUUGGAUAUUACGGAUUAUGAUAGCUAUCUUCUCAUGAACAAAUUUGCAACAAUUACUGGAAGUCAAUCAAAAGAGAAGUCAACAUAUUUUAGAGGAAAAGAAGAUGGUUUAUCACAAAAAGAUGUAAAUACAAUUUGUAAAAAUAUAGGGCCUGAUAAAUGGAAACCACUAGCCAGGCAUAUGAAAGAUGAAUCCUCUCAAUACAUUUUUGACGAGAGUCUUAUCUGUGAAAUCAAUUCUAGACAUACAAGCACCGAGUUGAAAUUACAAGAGGUGAGUGAAUACUUCAUUUUCAAGAAUUAUUUCAAUAAAAUAAUAAAUUCUAAAAAAUUACAAUCAUUCAGCAUUUCUUAUAAAUAACAUAAACACUGGUAC